AUGCCGUCAAUGAAACGGGAAGCAAAGGGCUAUACGCUUAGCAAUGUCACAGUUGCCAUGGAUGAUGCGGUGGUAGAUGUGUACGUCAUUGGACCUGAGUAUGCCCGCAAGCAAAAAUUCGUUCUUCGCAAUCCGGAUAUCAACUUCGAAGCUGUCAUCGAAAUAUGUCACCCUCCUCACGAUGAAUUCGUAUAUGACUCUAAUCACGAUACGUGUCUGCUACUUGACACCCAUGAAACCCUGGAUAUGGAGCUGGAUCAUCUAGAGUUGAAGGGCGCGUGCUUGAAAGUAUGUCAGGCUACGAACUCCCCAUCUGGGGUACGAUGCGUUGAGUUAUUGUACAAUUGUCCGGUUCGUGUCUAUGUCAGACUUUUUCAAAACACGCUCGCACCUUCAUCCGAUACUCUUCCUGUGCUUGAAGCAAGCUUACUGAAGCAUUUUGAACUCACUGUUCAAUAUGACGACAGCCAGCUCAAAGUCAAACUACCAAUAACACGAGAGCCUACCCAUCUUGAGAUGUAUCAACCAUUUUUCCUCCUCAAAUAUCCCAUCAUACUCCUGAGCGGUAUCCUGGAGGUUGUUGCUAUCGUCCUGAUCAUCCUAAUCGCCAAAGAUACCUUCGCCAAAUCUUCAGCGAUGACACGAACGGCCAUGGUACUGAUAUGCUGCCGUCUGCUCCCACAUCACUGGGGAAUUCUUCCCAACUUGCAUUUAUUGUUUCUAAAGAUUCUCCCAAUACCCCUCUUCCUCGCUGCACGAGCCCGCGAACAUCACUUCAGUCGCCUAGAUAAGUUUUAUAUCGCUAUGGAUAUAGGCGCCAUACUCGCUUCCUUUUGCGGUAUCUGUGUCCUCUAUUGUAUCUGGACGCCGCUAGCAUACCGCGCUUACCUAGGCUCGUUGGGCUCACACUGGCCAACUUCACUCAUGUCCACGAGCUUUGUUCGGCGGAUGCAGGCGUUCGAAGAACGCAUUUCAAGAAUACGGUUCGUUCGGGAGAUCUUUGGCUGCGGCUUCCUCGAAGAGAAUGGCCUUAGGGGUAGAACGAAUAUAGAUGCCAUACACAAGUUCACGUGGAACAUGUGCGAAGGUACAUGGUGGUGGUUGCGUCUGUGGUAUCAGGAUCAUAACUUUUUAGCUGUUGUUGAGACAGUGAUGGAGUAUGGGAGGGAGAAAACGUGA